AUGAUCCGUCCUAUCAUUCCCAGUCACAAAUCCCAGUCGUUUUCCCUUUUUCCCUUUCCCCGUCUCAUCUCCCCUCCCCCACGUCAUUUCGUGUCUUGGUCAUCGCUCGGAACCUCGAACCUCGAACCUCGAACCUCGAACCUUGAACCUCGAACCUCGAACCUCAAGCCUCAAGCCUCAAGCCGCAAGCCGCAAGCCGUAAGCCGCAAGCCCGACGACUACUACGGAGUAUACAAGAUCAAUCCGAUCCGAACUCUUCCCCCGCCUAAUACGCCGUAUCACCCAUUCUUCGGACUAACGACUCUAUCAGACUCUAUCAGAGUCUAUCAGAGUCUAUCAGAGCUUACUGACACCAUCGACCCUCUCAUGCAGCCCAGCGCAGGCCUAAAACCUUCUCCAACGCACCGCGCCUAUCACCACCCCGAUCACCACCACGACCACUACCCGCAACUGCACCCACCCGCCCGCCUGCCGCUACGACAACGACAGCGGCAGCCUGAAAGUACGGAGAAAAUGGCAUCAAAAUCAAGAUCAGAAUCAAGAUCGAUAUCAACAUCAGUAUCAACAUCAGUAUCAACAUCAGUAUCAACAUCAGUAUCAACAUCAGUAUCAACAUCAGUACCGACCGACGUGUCUCUCAUGGCAGGUAUGCCCCUUUCAGCAUCCAUCGCAUUUCCAUUCUUUCUCGACCAGCCUUCCUUUCCAUUUGCUUCCCCGAUCCCUGGGUUGGGUGGCUGGGCAUCAUACAAUGUCCACGGGAUCAUCCUUGUACGAGGUGGGUGGGGCUUGGUUGGGCUGGAUUGGGCUGCUGACGGCCCCAAGCGAUCGAUCCGACGUUUCGGUUAUUUUGGAUCCGCCUAUCUUUCCGCGUUGUUGACUUACUCUCUUCUGCCAAAAUCCUCACUCAAGAUCAAGAAUGCCACCGCUCGAGCCUCGCUGCCAGCCUCCAAACUUUGCAUCAUCUAUAUCUACUUGUCUGCCUUACCCGAGGUCCUUCAUAGAGAGGAGGGAAUGGGGAAGUAUAAGGAUCUACGACAACUCCGUACGACUUGGAAACCGGCUCCGACCACCACAGACCCCAUACCAAGGCGUGAGCUGAACGAGAAACUCAUACAACGCUGGAAAAAACUCGCUACGAAUACAACCAAGAACAACCACCACUGA